GAGGAGGCUGGAACGGUGAGAAGCACCGGAAUAUCAUAUUGACAGUGAAACGUUUAAAUAUUAGUGAGUGAAAGAGAGGAGUGAGGAAAGGAAUAGAAAAAGUAGCCCUCACCUGAGAGACAGAAGACAGGUCGAUGAUCGGCGAUCGCGCCUUCCACCGAGCACGGAGGGCGAAAGGACAUCAUGCUGAGAUUUUUGUCGCGGCGAAGGGCGCGCGGCGUCAGCGGCCAGACCUCGUCGCAGAUAAAAAAUCAGAGGUUACCCAGUAACAAAAACGUCGUGCAAUGUAGGGUAGUACUGUUGGAUGGCACAGAUCUGCCCAUAGAGCUAUCAAAAAAAGCACUGGCCAGUGACUUAUAUGAGCAAGUAUUUUAUAGCUUAGAUCUAAUAGAGAAGGAUUACUUUGGACUGCAGUAUACGGACAGUAAUAAUGUCCAACACUGGCUAGAUCCAACGAAACCCAUCAAGAAGCAAGUAAAAAUUGGCCCACCAUAUACACUCAGACUCAAAGUGAAGUUCUAUUCUUCGGAGCCGAACACAUUGCGCGAAGAAUUGACGCGAUAUCAAUUCUUCCUGCAGUUGAAGCAAGAUGUUCUGGAGGGUAGACUCCACUGUCCACAUCAGGUUGCAGUCCAAUUAGCUGCUCUGGCGCUGCAGUCUGAAUUGGGAGAUUAUGAUGCUGCCGUGCAUAGCGCCGCGACGGUCUCGGAGUUCCGCUUUGUGCCUGGACAGACGGAACAGAUGGAGCUGGAGAUACUGGAGGAGUACACCAAGUACUCGGGCCUCAGUCCGGCGCAGGCGGAAUCUACGUAUCUCAGCAAGGCCAAGUGGCUGGAUAUGUACGGGGUAGAUAUGCACACGGUGCUCGGCAAGGACGCCUGCGAGUACUCGCUGGGUCUGACUCCGACUGGAAUCUUGGUCUUCGAAGGCACACAGAAGAUCGGUCUAUUUUUCUGGCCCAAGAUCGGCCGUUUGGACUUCAAGAAGAAGAAAUUGACGCUGGUGGUGGUCGAAGAGGACGACGAGGGCAGAGGCGAGCAGGAGCACACCUUCGUGUUCAGGCUGGUGAAUGAGAAGGCGUGCAAGCACCUGUGGAAGUGCGCGGUCGAGCAUCACGCCUUCUUCCGUCUGCGUGCGCCGGUCAAGGGUGCCAGUGGCCGUCAGAAUUUCUUCCGCAUGGGUUCGCGGUUCCGCUACAGCGGCAAGACCGAGUUCCAGACGACGCAGCUGAAUCGGGCGCGCCGCACAGUACAGUUCGAGCGACGUCCGAGUCAGAGGUAUGCGCGGCGGCAGAGUCAUGUUCUCCGUGAGCGGCAGCGUCAGCAAGUCGAGCAGACGCAACCUACCCCGCCUCCAGCCGAAGAAGAGCCUCUGCAGCGACAGCCGAGUCGAUGCAGCACAAAGUCCUCGGACUCGAGUAUUCAAGGCACCUCUUCGCCUUUGGUGGACUCGUUACUGAAGUCUCUCGCUAAAGACCAGCAACCCCUGGAGGCGAGGAAUCAGACUACGGUCGCCAGCAGCGAGAAAGAAUCGGAACCUACGAAGACCAGCUUGACUGUCGAGACUAUCGCCAAUCAAGUGCAGCUAGUGCCGAACAAUCAAGUGGGCGGAACGUCGUCGUUGCCGCCGCGAACGCCGAUCCCGCCGGAAUCGCUCAAGUGCAAUAUACUGAAGGCGACUCUCGAGCAGGGGAAAAACUCAAACCUGAUCUCUAUUACGUCGACGGACGCGCCCGGGGUCAUCGCGAAGAAAAAUCAGCACUCCGACGCGGCGACUAUCGUUUCCGUGGGCGGAGACAAGCUCACCCUCUCCGUGAGCGGAGCGACGACCGCGGUGAGCCCCGCCACGGACGACACCGUCACCGUCACGCAUUUCUCGCUGGACAGCUGGGGUCAGAUCGAGCAGAAGACCACGCCGUUGAGCCCGAAGGUGUCGAAUCAGUCGCAGAACCCCUUCAACCCGUUCACCAACGACACCGGCAACGACUCGGCCGUCAACAACGCGACCACCGAGGUAACCGAGGAGGAGGCUAAGCCGGAGGACGACAAGCAGAAGAACACGAAUCCGUUCAUCGACUCGAACCCCUUCUUGGGCAUACUCAAUCCGUUCAAGGAGCCGCAGCAACCGGCCGCGACGGCCGAGAGAAAGAUCGAGGCGGAGCCGGAAAAGGCCGGGGCGCGAGUCGUCAAGACGGAGGAGAUACAAACAACCACUACGACGCUCACGCAUAAGGACGAGAGCCCGGCUGCGUCGGACAUCAGUCCCUGGCUGGUGGAGGACCUGUUGCAGAGUCCAGCAACUGAUCAAACGCCCACCAAGCAUACGGUCGUCACGAGAAAGACGAUCUGGUCGAAACUUUUGAGAGAACACUUUUGUCGGCGAGGAAUCGCUGAUUCGUCACGGUUAAUUGGAUGAUUGACUAUUCGGGUGAGGGUAUCGGACGACACGACGAUGAUUCUACCUACCUACCAG